CUAGGCCUUAGUCCCAAGGCAGUACCGCAACGAACUGUCACCGACAUGUGAUGCAAGCGUGAUCGAGGGCCCUAUUUAAAUCGUUGCCCACCGCGACAUCUAGCACUGUCUCGCCGUGAUCUGGUUCCCAUCUCGUGAACACUUCCAUAUGCGGCCGUCAAUAGCAACAACACCCUUCCGGCAGUCUUCAAAUGUUAGACUAGGCUCCCUCGAGAAGUUACCACUAGAGCUCUUGUAUGAAUAUGUUUCAGAACACGGUCAACUCAGGAAACGGAUUAAGGCAAUAGGCAAUGCAUAUCUUGUUGGCCACGUCCCUCUGAAAGCGCUUUCGACAGACCAGAGAAUAUCCUUUGCUCUCUAUGUCCCACCGCACAGCUACGACACAAGACCUGCCCCUGACACCAAAAAGCUCCCAUUACUUUUUGCAGACUCAACCUCGUGCGCAAUUGUCGCACCAUUGUUCCCAGCUAAUUUGGAUGGGCCAAACGAUUUAGAUUCUUACACACGUCUUCAAUCUAAAACUUUACGCUCUGAUCUGGCACUCUUGAGUAUUCUUAAUAAAAUAGCACACCGAUGGCCGGGUAUUGAUGCAGAGAAAGUGUUUAUAAUGGGAUUCUCCGGAGACGGACAGUUUACGCAUCGGUUUCUCUACCUAUAUCCAGAGCGAUUAGUUUCAGCCAGUAUAGGAGCCCCGGGGCAGGUGACCACUCUGGACGACACGCAAGACUGGCCUCUAGGUGUGGGUAAUGUUGAUGGUGUAUUUGGUCGAUCCAUCCAGAAGCCACUCAUUCGUCAGAUUGUGAUUCAGUUAAUUAUCGGAGACAAAGAUGUCAAAGUACAUGGUGGAGAAGAAUUUUGGGUAUGGAUGAAGGCCUCCCUGAAGAAGGUAAAAAAUAACGGAGAACGAAAUAUUCCGAUUAUGAAAAAGGGUCGAUUGGAGACAAUGCAUGAGCUACAGAAAUUGUGGUCUAAUAAUGAGAUUAACCCUCAACUGUGUAUUUUCCCCGAUGUCGAUCAUUCCUCUACAGGGGUUCUUCAAGAUGUUCUUGCUUUCAUGAAGCCUUUACUUCAGAAACAAUUUUUGAACCAAUCGUGA